CGGUGGAGUGAUUGCAAGGAAUGCCGCUGAUUUUGGCGAAAAGCGACUCGAUCGAGAUUCGCGAGGUGUGGAACGAUAACCUGGAAGAGGAGUUCGCGUUGAUCCGGGAAAUCGUGGACGAUUACCCGUACAUCGCGAUGGACACGGAGUUUCCGGGAAUCGUUCUCCGACCGGUGGGGAAUUUCAAGAACAGCUACGACUACCAUUACCACUACGACUACCAUUACCAAACCCUAAAGGACAACGUGGACAUGCUCAAGCUCAUCCAAUUGGGCCUCACCUUCUCCGACGAGCACGGCAACCUCCCCACGUGCGGCCCCGCCCACACGUGCUGCAUCUGGCAAUUCAACUUCCGCGAGUUCAACGUCAACGAGGACGUCUUCGCCAACGACUCCAUCGAGCUUCUCCGCCAGAGCGGCAUCGAUUUCACCAAGAACAACCAAAACGGCAUCGACGCCCGUCGUUUCGGGGAGCUCCUCAUGUCCUCCGGCAUCGUUUUGAACGACAACAUCCAUUGGGUAACUUUCCACAGCGGCUACGAUUUCGGCUACUUGCUCAAGCUUUUGACUUGUCAGAAUUUGCCUGAUACGCAAGUCGGGUUCUUCAACUUGAUCAACAUGUACUUCCCCACCGUCUACGACAUCAAGCACCUUAUGAAGUUCUGCAAUAGCCUCCAUGGCGGCUUGAACAAGCUCGCCGAGCUCUUGGAGGUUGAGAGGGUUGGGAUUUGCCACCAGGCUGGUUCCGACAGUUUGCUCACUUCAUGUACAUUCAGGAAAUUGAAGGACAAUUUCUUUAGUGGCUCCUUGGAGAAGUAUGCCGGCGUCUUGUAUGGGUUAGGUGUUGAGAAUGGACAGGGUUCUUAUUGAAAAAUUAAAAAUUAAAAAAUCUAAAUAAAAACAAACAAAAAAGAUCAACUUAAAUUAGUCCACAAAAAAGUGUUUAAAACUUUGGUAGAUUAUCCCUCUUUGUUUCCACUGCUGUAUAUUUCGGUGAAAUACCAACUUUUAUUAAUGUAAACCUUUGGCAUUAAGGGUCUUUCUUUUCUCCA